CAACUCCAUCACCAUGACCGCCCACGCCCAAACCAAGACUCUCACCCCAGAGACACAAUCCGACAUGGAGAAGUUCAGUAACAAGGACGAAGGAGGCAUCCUCCAAGGCGACGUCGCGACCCUCGAAGCGCAGGGGUCAGCACACUUCAAUCGUCUGGGCUGGAAACGACUCACCGUCGUCCUGAUCGUGGAAGCCAUCGCGCUCGGCGCCCUCUCGAUCCCCAGCGCCUUUGCAACCUUGGGAAUGGUCGCUGGUGUCAUCACGACUGUGGGAAUGGGAUUUAUUGCCAUCUAUACGAGUUAUAUCGUCGGACAGGUCAAAUUGAAAUACCCGCAAGUAGCCCACUACGCCGACGCAGGACGUCUCAUGAUGGGAACCUUCGGGUACGAGUUAAUCGGCGCAAUGUUCGCACUGGAACUCAUCUUCCUGGUCGGGAGCCAUUGUCUAACUGGCACCAUCGCGUGGCAGAACAUAAUCGCCAGCAGCACCUGCUCCAUCGUCUUCGGCGUCGUGUCAGCCAUCCUCUUGCUUCUGAUUGCCUUACCACCGAGUUUCGCCGAUCUGGCGAUUUUGGGAUAUAUCGAUUUCGUGUCCAUCAUGGGCGCUAUCUCCAUCACGGUCGUUGCUACCGGAGUCAGCUUUGCUCAAGGUGGCUAUCAAGCCGAAUGGUCUGCAUGGCCAAAGGACAAUAUCAGGUUCACGGAAGCUUUUAUAGCUGUAACCAAUAUUGUAUUCGCUUACUCCUUCGCCGUCUGCCAAUUCUCCUUCAUGGACGAAAUGCACACGACAAAAGACUACGUGAAAUCCAUCUGGGCGCUCGGGUUAAUCGAAAUCGUUAUCUACACCCUAACCGGGGCGCUAAUCUACGUCUUCGUCGGGCCGGACGUGAAAUCGCCCGCCUUGCUGUCCGCGGGUACUCUCAUCUCCAGAGUUGCGUUCGGGGUUGCUUUACCUGUGAUUUUCAUCUCGGGCUCGAUUAACGGCACAGUAGUAGCACGCUACAUCCACGGCCGCAUCUACAAGAACUCCGUGACGCGCUUCAUCAACACGCGCAAAGGCUGGAUCUCCUGGAUCGCGCUCGUAUCCAUCAUCACGCUGCUCGCGUUUGUAAUCGCAGAAGCCAUCCCGUUUUUCUCUGAUCUGCUGAGUAUCUGCUCCGCGCUGUUUAUCUCGGGAUUUACGUUUUACUUCCCGGCGAUGAUGUGGUUUAUGUUGUUGCGGGAGGGCAAGUGGUAUGUCGGGCGGAAGAAUAUCUUUUUGAGUGUUGUGAAUGCGGUGGUGUUCGUGAUUGGGAUGGUGGUGUUGGUUGGGGGGGCUUAUGCUGCUAUUGAUGAUAUUAAGAAACAGUAUAAUGAGGGGACGGUGAGGGGGGCGUUUACUUGUGCGCCGAUUGGGUGA